CCUUUUCACCAAAGAGCCGUACCCUUCACUUAUUAGAUAAAUGUGUGAGUGAGUGCAUUGAAAAAACUACAGCACUAUCACCGAGUCCAUAAUAUAUAAUCCGCAUUUUGAUUUUCGUAACUUUGCAAGAUCAAUAUCCCUCAACCAUUAGUGUAUUGAAUGAAUGAUGGCAGCCCAAACUCUUAAAGAAAAAAUUGAGGAGCUACAAAAAUCAAAGCAAACACCCCAAAAUUCACCACCCAAGAUACAAAGGGUGGCAUAUUACCGCAGAAAGAUACCAAAUUUGAGGAAGUACUACAAACCCAAGUUGGUGUCAAUAGGUCCUAUCCAUCAUGACAAUAAAAAUCUGAAGUUAGGAGAGAAGUACAAGCUUAAGUGGGCAGCAGAAUACAUAGAAAACACUCCACUUAAUCCAGAAAACACUGCACUUCAUGCAGAAAACACUGCACUUAAUGCAGAAAACUUUGCACUUAAAGCAGAGAAACUAUACAAAAAGAUUGAUGAAGACAUCAAUAAUUUGAAGGGUCAUUUUAGCGAGGAUGUUUUAACUUUAACUAAAAAGUCUCUUGAAGGCUUUGGUACCCUUGAAGAAAAGCUGUCGUUGAUGUUGUUCGUGGAUGGAUGUUCUUUGCUACAUAUCUUGGAGAAUGCCAGACGUAAUAACCCAGGGAAAAUGAAUAUUAAGGUUGAUCAACUUUUUCUUGUGAUGGUGGAUGUGGUUUUGUUGGAAAAUCAACUUCCUUAUGAAGUACUCAAGCUAUUGUGGAAAAACGAGAAUGAGAGUGAAUUGAUACAAAGCAUGACGGAUUUCUUCAAAUAUAAUCAUUGGGCACAGUCAGAGAAGGAGAAGGACAUGGGUCCAAAGAAAAACGGAGAAGGAGAAUAUAGUGUAUCAAUACCAUUACCAAAUGAGUCACCCACUCAUCUUCUUGAUCAUCUGCGUAAACUCAACCUCACUACACCCAAGUCCAAGCUUAACCAAGGUCCUGGGUUCGAAUCCAGCCUUGGGCAUGCAGCAGUGUUAAAACUCUUAGGGAGAGCCUGCCGCCCAUUUGGGUCCCACAAUGUUCGAGAGAUUAGUCUCCGCAGUUGCGCGCGGAGGAUACCCGGUUUACACCAAAAAAGCAAUGAAGCUAAAUCCAAAGAAUGCAGUCAGAAGAAAAAUGAGUCCAAGCCGAUUACAUACAGGGGCAUAGAAGAUCUAAGAGCAGUAGGAAUAAGUCUUAAGGCAAGCUUUACACCAAAGCCAACAGACAUAGAUUUCUCUGCAGGAUGGUUUUCUGCGAAACUGACUAUUCCUAGGAUCCCAGUGAACAACUUUACAGCCGCUAUUUUCCUCAACCUGGUGGCAUAUGAGAUGUGUCCAGAUUUUGACAACGACUAUCAGAUUUGUUCUUAUGUAGCUCUCAUGGACUCGCUCAUCGACCAUCCUGAAGAUGUGAAGGUACUGAGAUCAAAAAGGAUUUUGUCCACCUUAUGGAGUGAUGAGGAAGUUGCCAACCUUUUCAAUAUCAUAGGUACCGACCUGGUAGCUAACAUCGACAAAUAUUUUUAUGUCCAAGAUAAAUUAUGUGAGCAUUACUUUAAUAAAUACAAGAGUUGGAUAGCGUUGGGUUUUCGCACUUACUUCAACAAUCCUUGGACCGUUAUUGCAUUCCUUGUUGCAUUUACUGCCCUUGCUCUUACUUUCAUUCAGACAUGGUUUACGGUUCACCCGGCUAGCAAAUAAAGGUUGUUCGUUAUGACAA